AUGGGCGGUUAUGGAAUGAUAGUGGCUGAGCUGGCUUGGCCAUCUCCCUGGGUAAUUAUGAUUGGCGCAUUCACAUCAUGCGUCGGAGCGGCGUUGCAGUGCCUUUGCAGUGCUCCACGUUUGUUGCAGUCCAUUGCAAAGGACGAUGUUUUGCCUUUUUUACGACCAUUUCAAGUGCUAACACGCUGGAACGAGCCUUUUCGAUGGUACUUAUUAACAGUUAGCACAUCCUAA